CCCAGGUUCUCGCUGCUCCCAGAACGAUCGCACUCACCAAGCGCCGCAAGUCCGCACAUCACACUGCACAUCACACUGCACACUGCACACUGCACACAGCGGCUCCGGAGCUCAGCGAUGGUUGUUCGAAUUCGACUUUCCCGAUGGGGCGCACGCAAGAACCCAUUCUACGGCAUUGUGAUUGCCAACCACCGAGCGGCACGAGACGGCAAGACAAUUGAGCGGGUGGGCAACUACAAUCCCGUCCCCGAUGCUCAGGGAAUCAAGAAUCUGGAGCUGAAUGCGGAUCGUAUCAAAUACUGGCUCGGCGUCGGGGCACAGCCAUCAGAUAAAGUGUCGUGGCUGCUAGCCAAGGCCAAUCUGAUGCCGCCACAACCACAUCAGCUGGCGCACCAGGGAUUAUUCUCGCUCAAUGAUCCCAAGACUUGGGAUGUACGAAUAAGGGACGAGAACGGCACCGUCCUGGCUGAUCUGAGCUCUGACACGGCCCGCGCUCGAUACGACCGCCAUCCCGAUUUCCAGAACCUGCCUGGGGACCUGCCCACGCCUGUCUUCAGCCGGGUGACUUACGAGAACAUCAAGCUGGACGGUGUGCCCCCAACUGCCCCACUCACCCCUGCGGAGGCUCUGAAGGUCCUCAAGGAAGUUGCUGGCCUCCGAUAGAGACUGGUCGGCGACGGUGUAAUUGCUUGGACGCCCGGGCGGUGGUACUGUUUUCAUCAAGCAGGAGAGCAAGCCUGUUGACGUAAGGAGCAGCCACCCACUGCCAACGCAGGGUGCGCUCCGCCGUGAUCGCUCAUCGCUCAUGGCUGUGCCGAUCAUUCAUGAAUACAUUAUAACACAGUGCGAGCCAGCUCUGCAGGCCGGUCAGUGACAAGUUCAUAUCGA